UUUAAACUCUAGAGACUUGUUUUUCUGAGAAAGGAGAGUCAACCUCCCAACAGUAAACCCCGAAGAAGCUUUUCUCCAGGGCACUGCGAAGAGUCAUCUUUCUUUCCUUUCGGUUUAACAGUAUCAGCUUAAGUCAGAGCCAUGGCUCCUAAAACUCCAAAUAAGAAGGGCACAGCUGUCGUCACUAAAAAGCAGAACCAGGAGAAAACUAAACAAGCAUUACCUGUUAGUGAAGAAGUAGCAGCUACAAAUAUGGAGAACAUGGGCCACCCAGAAAUUUAUCCUUUAGUACUAACUACCAAGACCCAGGAAAUUUUUAACUGCCGAGUAGAUGAAGACGUCACAGAUAAACAACCUUAUAAACUUAUCAAAAAAGCAGAUAUUAUUGCAGAUUUUAUCAACAGAGCUGCGGUAUCUGAUUUCUACCCAGUCAAAAAACUUGUCCAGGAAUAUCCUGGAGAUGAGCUUCUACUUGUUUAUGACAAAGACUUCAAGUAUGGGCUUAACUUUUAUCUUGUUUCAACUGAAGAGGCCAAGGAAAACUAUUUAAAGUCUCCAGAAGAACAGGAAGAACAGGAAGAACCAAGAGAAUAUAAAGAGCCUAGUCCUGAAGACACUUAUAUUUAUAAGCCACCUGUCUCAAAACCAUGGGUUUCUUUGGGCAGUGAAAAAGAAAUUGAGGAAGAAACAGUUAAAGAAUCUACAAAGCCGAUUACUUACAUGAUUUCUCGAAAAAGAGGCCAAUUUGGAGCACCAUUCAAGUUCAGUGACCAGAAUGCUUCCAGUGUAAAAGAUGCCUACAUUGAGUGUACAGCCUACCCAGAUAAGAAUUUUACACUUAAACACCUUGAGAAAGAAGUUGGCAUGCAAGUCAUUCCCAAAGUCAAUGACACAAGUACUCAGACAAGAUGGGUGUAUCCCAAAAAUGCUACUACCCAAUACUAUCCAAGAGAAUUCUCAGAAGAGGAAAAAGAGACCAUUGGACAGUCGAAGCCUUUGAUUGACUUUCUUAACAACAUGAGCAUCAGUGUUGAAAUAGCCCUGCAACAAAAUGAAAUCAUGAACACAUUCAUCGAUGACUGGAAGUCCCUAGCAGAAGACGAAGGCACCUUUGGGGACAAGACUGACACUCACCUGAAAGAGUACCAGUCCUUCACUGACCUGCAUAACCUAACAGAGAAAAUGAUCACCUGUGUCUCCUGGCAUCCAGUUAUCUACGGGCUAAUUGCGGUGUCGGUGGCUGUGCGGUUCUCUUUUGAAGAAAGGGUCCAGUUUUCUGGUAAAUUGUUGCUGCAACCAUCACUGAUUCUUUUUUGGAGUUUCUCUGAUCCCAUACAUCCUCAGUUAAUGCUGGAAAGUCCUGAUGACAUCUUCUGCUUCAAGUUCUGUCCAAAUGACCCUAAUAUCAUUGCCGGAGGCUGCAUAAAUGGACAGAUCGUCCUGUGGGAUAUUUCUGCACAUGCAGAGCGCAUAGAAAACAUAAAAACGGGUAGUACCAGAAUUAAGAAAGCCACACUCAAGCCUAUGUUUCUCCUUGAACCGGAGAGCAAUAAGGAAACGAUGUAUAUCAGGCACUGCGCAGUCUCCUCAAUAGAAAGCGGACAUAGGAAAGUCAUUACGGACAUCCAUUGGCUGCCUGGCACAUUCGAGAUUAACAGGAUGGGGUCUGUCUUCGAGAAUCGAAGUGGAAUAUCCUGUCAACUUGUUACAUGCUCAGCUGAUUGCACAAUAUGUUUCUGGGAUAUCAGAACACAAAGAACAACAACCCAACAAACAGAUAAAAAGAAAGAAGAAGUUAUUGAAGUUCCUUUUGAUGUACCUCCUACAUUUUUACACCUAGAUCUUUCUUGGAAACCUCUUUGCAGGCUAAGGCUGUCUAAAAGUGAAACUACUUUAGACCACUGCCCAACCAAGGUCAGCUUGAAUGACGAUGAUGCUUCAUACAGAACACAAGACAAAACUUUACCUCCAAUCAAAGUCGUGAAGGCAGGAGAAAGCCCAUACUAUAACUUGGAAGGAGGGAUGGCUAAUCAUCUCAAGCCAAUAGAAGACUUCUGCACAAAGUUUUUUGUGGGGACAGAGGAAGGGGAAGUGAUAUACACAGAUUGGAAAAUGGAAAGAGACCCUGACACUGGCCGACUCGUGCCAAAGAAGCCAGUGAGCCUGUAUGCUGUCCAUGAUGGGGCUGUCCAUACUGUUCAGAGAUCACCUUUCUACAAGGAUAUUAUCCUCACCGUUGGGGGAUGGAACAUUGCCAUCUGGAAAGAGGGUGUUAUGAGUGGACCCCUCCUUCAGUCAUCUUGUGCACCAAAAAGAUUCACUUCAGGGCACUGGUCCCUGACUAGGCCCGGAGUCUUUUACAUUGGCCGAGAAGAUGGGAACAUUGAUAUCUGGGACUUACUAGAGAAGACCCAUGAGCCAGCCCAGUCACAGAGCAUCUGUAUAACUACGAUCACCUACAUCAAACCCUGGACCUUCUCAGCUAAGCAACAAUUUCUAGCCAUAGCUGACUUUUAUGGAACUCUGCACAUAUUAGAAAUUCCUUGGACGUUAAGUCACCCUUCCACCAAUGAGGCGGCAAGCAUGAGCCACUACUUUGAAAGAGAAGUCAAGCAUCUGGAAUAUGUGGAACAGCGCAGACUCAUCCGUGAACAAGAAAAGAAAGAAAUGCAGCUGGAAAUGGAGAAGAAAAAAACACCACCAAGCUGCAGAUGCUACCAUGAUGCCAACCUGAAUUUCCUGGGCAAAUGACCUCACCAAUGUGUGCUGGAACCCCACCUCUCCAGAGCCCUGCCCCACCAGGGAAAGAGAGAGAUGGGCUGGAAGCAUGGAUCAACCUGGAGUGUGGAUCGAUUCCUCUCUGUCCUAUCCAAUGACAACAAUAACAACAACAAGGGCAACAAAAAUGGGGGGCAAUGGCCUCCAGGAGCAGUGGAUUUGUAGUGCAGGCACCGAGCCCCGCAAUAACCAACUCUCAUGCCUGAGGCGGA